AUGUUUUUGUUUUAUCAAGAUACAUUUUAGUCAUCUUAUAAUAUCUGCCUACAUUAUAGCGGUUCUGAAACUUUGUUAUUAGCAACUAAUUAUAAAAAUGGCAAUAGUUGAAAAAAUUAAAUUAUCAGGAAAAAUGGCUUGCAAAAGUUUAUUCCUUUAUUAUCCGACCAAUAAAAUUGUGAGGAUUGAAAAUAUAUACCUUACUUUAUUUUACCGCAUUCUUCAAGCAUUGUGUGUUGGGUUUUUGAUUGGUUAUGGAGUUAAACUUAAUAAAAAUCAAGAUGUUGAUGAUGGCAUAGCAUCAGUUUCAACAGCAACGCUAAAAGGAACUUACGCAAUUUACAAGAAUAUUACCCCGCCAUUAUAUAAAUUUGAAGUUUAUGAUUCAGCUGGUUAUGUUGCUUCACCUAAGGAGGAUGGUGGAUUUUUUAUAAUAACUAACAAAGAAGUUACCGCAAACCAAACUCAAUCAGUAUGCCCUGAAGAUCCAAGAUUUAAGAAAAACGAAUGUAAAAAAGAUGCACAAUGCUUGCCACCUUUAGCACCUGUCCAUAAUGGAAAUGGUUUAAGAACUGGAAAGUGUGUUCAAUCAGACCGCCCAAACAUAACACACAGAGUGUGUGAAAUAUAUGCAUGGUGUCCAAUAGAAAAAGAUAUUAACAACGACAGUCCACCUUUGUUGGAUGAAGCAAAAGCAUUAUCAGCUUUUAUAAAAAUUGACAUAAUUUUCGGCAAAUUUAAUUAUGAAAGGGUGCGAUAUUUGGUGUUUUUGUUGAAUGGGAUUGUGACUUAGAUGAAGUACCUUCAAAGUGCAUUCCAGCCUAUAAAAUAAAAAGACUUGACAAUCCAAAUGAUAGAUUAGCUUCUGGUUUUAAUUACAGAGUUGCUAACUAUUCUUUUGUAAAUAAUAAACAGUACCGAACACUUACCAAAACAUAUGGGUUAAAAUUUCAAAUAAUAGUAACUGGAAAGGGAAGGAAAAAGGAUUUCUAUACGACAAUUGUCUUUUUAGGAGCUACUUUAGCUCUGCUCAGUAAGGUGGCUGUUUUUUUUGAAUGGAUCGUUCUUUUUGUUUGCUCAUGUAAAAAAAAUAAAGAAAAGUUCGACAAGUGUAAAUACAAAACUUUUAAUGAAGAAAAUGUUUGGUAAUAAUAUGUUAUUUAAUUAAAAAAAA